AUGAAAUACACUAUGGCAGAGACUCUGGAAGCCUUGGCCUCGGAAGACUUUGUCACCGUCGGGCAGGAUAGCACUAUGCAGCCGUCCAGCAGCUGUCGUCUGCACAGAUCAGACACCGGCCCCACUGAUGCCACGGGUGAAGUACUCGAAAAUCACAUGACCAUCUUCGCUCCUCCCUCGCCUCCAUAUUGGACGCUACCCCAAGCGGGCGAAAGGAGUUUGUACACAAGCCAGCUUGGCUACACCUUUCCCGGCGACGAACACCUGCUGCGAAGCGGCAUUGGCUUCGAGAAUGCCGGAAGGGAUGCUGGGUCAGAUCGAGACGAGAGGCGGACACCAGUUCAGACAGACAAAAAGCUCACAAUGCCAGAAGCGCCUCCAGCAGAUAGGCACCCAGAGCAGAAGAUGAGGAAGAAGCAGGGGAAAACGCACGGUCAUUUCAAGAAUGGCAAAUUCGUGCGCGACGACGCUGCCGCUCUGGCAGAGCCUGGUUCUUUGCAGAGAGGGUGGAUCUAUGCCACGGGAGGACGCAAGCUGAGCAGGAUCGUCGCGCGGUGCAAGAUCGCACCUGGCAUCCUAUGCUUCUACAUCGUGGCCAGAUCUAAGGACACUCCGGCAGACGUGGUAGUGGCCUGCUUGCUCAUUCUGAUUGGUAGCAUCUUACUACUCACCUCGGAAGCAUGGAUUGAGAAGGCGAUUGAUGACGGGUCUGAAAUGGUGAAAGGCAUGGGAGGAUCAACAAGAGAGCGCGUCGCACGGUAG